AUGGCAAUGCAAUUACGAUCUUUUCUCUUAGGCGCGCUGCUACUAAUUGGCUUUGCAUUGACAAAUAGCAAAGCAGAUAUUAGAUCUCCACCCACGCAUUUUGACACUGCUUCUCUCAAUAGGAGCAGUUUUCCAGAAGGGUUCAUAUUUGGCGUAGGUUCUGGAUCUUACCAAUAUGAAGGUGCUGCAAACGAAGGUGGUAGAGGACCAAGCAUUUGGGAUACCUUCACCCACAAAUAUCCAGAAAAGAUUAAUGAUAGCAGUAACGGAGAUAUCGCUGUUGAUCAAUAUCACCGCUAUAAGGAAGAUGUGGGGAUUAUGAAGAAUAUGGGGUGGGAUGCUUAUAGAUUCUCUAUCUCAUGGUCAAGAUUAUUACCAAAUGGAAAGUUAAGUGGAGGAGUGAACAAGGAAGGAAUCAAAUAUUACAACAAUCUCAUCAAUGAGCUCUUACGCAAUGGUCUAACGCCAUUUGUGACACUCUUUCAUUGGGAUCUUCCCCAAACUUUAGAAGAUGAAUAUGGUGGUUUCCUAAGCCCUCAUAUCAUCAAUCAUUUUCAAGAUUACGCAGAACUUUGUUAUAAGGAAUUUGGUGAUCGAGUAAAGCAUUGGAGCACAUUGAAUGAGCCAUAUACCUUUAGUAACUUUGGUUAUGCACUCGGGUCUCAUGCGCCGGGACGAUGCUCUACUUGGCAACAACUAAACUGCACCGGGGGAGAUUCAUCUACUGAACCAUAUUUGGCCUCUCAAAAUGGAGUGAUAGGGAUAACACUGGUGUCACAUUGGUUUGAGCCCCUAUCAGAAGAAAAGAAAAUAAGAAUGCUGCAUUACGAGCUUUGGAUUUUAUGUUCGGAUGGCAAGUUUGUUGAGCCAUUGACAAGUGGUGACUAUCCUCAAAGCAUGCGAUCUCUUGUCGGAAGCCGGUUACCAAAAUUCACGAAAGAACAAUCCAAGUUGCUAAUUGGUUCAUUUGAUUUUCUUGGACUAAAUUACUAUGCUGGUUACUAUGCAAGCGAUGCACCUCAAAAUAACUCUGUAUACGCAAGCUACACAACAGAUGCUGGCAUUAAUCUUUCAUCUGAGCGUAACGGGGUCCCUAUCGGUUCAAAGGGUGCUUCGGAAUGGCUAAAUGUUUAUCCGCAAGGAAUUCAAGAUCUUUUACUCUACACAAAGAAAAAGUAUCACAAUCCAGUCAUUUACAUUACUGAAAAUGGUGUGGAUGAGUUCAAUGAUCCGAAAUUAUCACUUGCUGAAGCCCUUAAUGAUACCCAUAGAAUUGACUACUACAAUCGCCACCUUCAUUAUGUUCAAAGUUCUAUUGACAAUGGUGUCAAAGUGAAGGGAUUCUUUCCAUGGACGUUGCUAGACAACUUUGAAUGGAGUUCGGGAUAUAGUGUUCGAUUUGGUAUUACCUAUGUGGAUUACAACGAUAGGCUUAAAAGGCACCCAAAACUCUCGGCGCACUGGUUCAAAAGUUUCCUUAAGCCGUAUUGA